AUGACGAGUGAUAUAACACUUAAUACGGAAGAUGAAAAGAAUCGUCAACCAACGACACAACAUUUUGAUGUUGUAAGUUCAGAAGAAGAUGAUGAAAAUGGCCCAACGAUGUCGGUUCCUGCAAGUUCAACUAAUGAAAAUCCUUCUCCACCACCAAUAGCAACAGCUGAAACAUUGGAUGAUAAAUCUUUCAGUAAAUUAUAUGAUGAUUGGUUAGAAUUAGAUGCUGAAUUACGUUCAUUUGAACCAAAACACAAAGAAUACGUCGGAAAAUUAGAUGAAGUUGAAUCAUUAAAAAAGAAAUAUCACGCGGAAUAUGAAAAGUACAAGAAAAAAAUUGAUCAAGUACAACAAAAUAUAGUGGAACUGAAAAAGACAUACACUAAAAAAGACGAAAUAAUAAAAAAGAAUGUUCCAAAUCCGACUGUAUCAAAUUUGAAAAGUUCGCAAUCAACUGCUGAUCUCGAACAAAGAAAGUCUUCGCUCGUAUCAUCGUCAACAGCUACAUCACGUCCAUUAGCAUCAGUUAAUUCUUCUCCAUCAUUGGAUAAACUUGUUAGUACAUUAUCAUCUCUUGAACGUCUCAAUAUUAUCUCAGAACAAGUUCAUACCAAUUCAUUAUAUUUAUCUCGAGUCGCCGAUACAUUACCACGUAAAAAUCCAUAUUUGAAAGUAAUUCUUGGCGGUGUUGAUGUAUCAAUAUUAAAUAAAGCCGACAAAUGGACAUAUAAACAGGAGUAUGAGCAAUUUAAAUUUAUUGUUACAUGUAUUUCAUUAGUAUCAUCACUUGUUAUUUGGUCAUUAACAUCACGUUAUCGUGCAUUCGAUGCAUUAUUUCAUUUCUUAUUGGUUUGGUAUUAUUGUACAUUGACAAUACGAGAGUCAAUUCUAAUUGUCAACGGAUCAAAUAUUAAUCCUUGGUGGCGAGCGCAUCACUUUAUAGCAACGGUUGCGACAGGCAUUCUAUUAACAUGGCCUGAAUCUCAAUCUUACCAUACAUUUCGUACACAAUUCUUCGUUUUCUCAUUUUACUUGAGUUUUGUUCAGGGUCUUCAGUUUUACUAUCAACGCGGUUGUCUCUAUCGGUUAAGAGCAUUAGGUGAAACGCAUGAUAUGGAUAUAACUAUCGAAGGUUUUCAUCGAUGGAUGUUUCGUGGUCUCUCAUUUUUGGUUCCAUUCCUCCUCGUUGGCUAUUUAUUUCAGUUAUAUAACGCAUAUGCAUUAUGGCAACUAGCACACGUACCAACAACACAUGAAUGGCAAGUACUGGUAUUAGCCAUAAUAUUCUUUCUCCUAUUUUUGGGAAAUAUAUUAACAACAUUAAGUGUUUUACGUGAAAAAUUACGCGAAAAACCUCCGCCAAUAAUACUAAAAGAAAAAUAUCAAAGUUUAAAAACAUUUUUAUCAACAAAUUAUCACCGACGAGCACGAUCAUUUCAUCAAUAUGGGCAUCGCCAAGAGAAAGAAAGAUCGAAUAAUGACGCUCUUCAUCAUAGAACAUCUAAAGAAGAUUAA